GUGUUUUCGCCUGCACAGGUUUCUAGACAAGACGAAGAAUGAGUGGGAUAAAAGAGCUCAGUUUGAGAAGGUGGCAGGAAAAUAUGAUAUCGUCCAGAUGGACUACAGCACUAAGGAGGGUGACGAAGUGAAAGAGGAGAGUAAAGCCCAGAAGCAUGAGGAAUCCAAGUUGGACAAACGAGUCCAGUCUCUCAUUGAACUCAUCUCCAAUAUCCAGGCGAUGGAGGAGUGCAUUCUGGAGAUGAAGUUCGACACCAAGAAAGCUCCUCUGGGUAAGUUGACAGUGGAGCAGAUCAAGGCUGGCUACCAGUCUCUAAAGAAGGUUGAGGAUUGUAUUAAGAGCAACACCAUGGGCAGAGCUCUGCUGGAAGCCUGCAAUGAAUUCUACACACGGGUCCCUCACGACUUUGGACUGAGGACCCCUCCUCUGAUCAGAACUGAACAAGAACUGAAGGACAAGAUCACCUUACUGGAGGCGCUAAGCGAUAUUGAAAUCGUGAUCAAAAUGGUGAAUUCGAGUCUGGACAGCACUGAACACCCACUGGACAGGCAGUACAGCUCCCUGCACUGUGAACUCACGCCCCUGGAGCACAGCACACAGGAGUUCCAGAUACUAAACAAGUACUUGCAGUCUACCCAUGCCUCAACUCACAGUGAGUACACCAUGAGGUUACGGGAUGUCUUCAGCAUUGAAAAGGAGGGAGAGAGUGAAGCUUUCUGUCGUGAUAUUAACAACAGAAUGCUGCUGUGGCACGGCUCCCGGCUGUCAAAUUGGGUGGGAAUCCUGAAGAAGGGGCUGAGAGUGGCCCCUCCAGAGGCCCCUGUAACAGGAUACAUGUUUGGUAAGGGAAUCUACUUUGCCGACAUGUCGUCAAAAAGUGCCAACUACUGCUUUGCUUCAAGACAGAAGAACGUGGGACUGCUACUUCUCAGUGAGGUAGCUCUAGGCCAUUGCAACGAGUUGCUGGCUGCAGACUAUGAUGCUGAUAAACUCCUCAAUGGCAAACACAGUACCAAAGGACUGGGGAAGAUGGCACCAAACCCAGCCAACUAUAUCAUGCUGGAUGGAGCCUCCGUUCCAAUGGGCCCUGUCAUCUCUACAGGCGUGAAUAACCCUGAAGGUUACACUCUGCUUUACAAUGAAUAUAUUGUAUAUAACCCAGCGCAGGUCCACAUGAAAUACCUGCUCAAAGUGCAGUUCAACUUUGAAUCUCUGUGGUGAACAUUCACUGAAAAGACCCUCAAUCAAGGACUAUUGCAUAUACAGGUCCCUCGAAGUUUCAAUCUCCAUAGUUUAUAUAUUAUACAGUGGCACCAAAACAUAAUUCAGACAGUCCCCCACAUUUUCAUUUCAGUAGUUUUAUAUCAUUUGUAGUAAACCCUGUUAUUGAUGUGAUACAGCCAUCUGAAAUUCCUUUAUAUGCUUGAAAUGGCUGGUAGUGGUGUCACAUUAAAAGUCGAUAUGCUGUUUGAUUUAUUAAACUGUAUUGUUAUUAUAAAUUUAAACGGACAGUAGACUUCUUAAUUAUAAUAGUGUUUUGUUAUCUCGGCAAGAUUUUUUAACUAACCUGCUCCGCUUAUUCCUUGAAUCUUCUCUAAUAUGUAUGUUACUGUAAUUUAGAAGGUCUCAUAUUUUUCUAUAUGAAUAUCACACACUAUGCUAAAGGUGGAAUGAUCCUUGCAGAUACUUCAGUGCUGCGUUUCCUGUCAACUUCGUAAAAUCACAUGAAGGAAUUAACAGUGCCUCUUUCAUAUAAGAAUAUGUGAGACCUACAAAGCGAUGGUACAGACUGGAUAAGAUGGAGUUAUUGUGUAUGCUGUGUUUACAUUCAUAUCCUGCUGUGCAUUUUUAGCACUGGGUUGUACAUGGGUUUUUCAUGUUUUGAAUAUUCUCUCAAAACUUCAAUGAAUAUUCUUUAAUUUUGGGUUCAAUGAAUAUUCUUUAAUUUUGGAUUUGAUAGAAAACAAAUGUAAUUUGUUCCAUAGUACAGUAAAAUAAACCUGGCACCCUAUCGAAAGCAGAGUCUAAAGAAAAAAUAAAGCAGAGUAUCACUCACCUGUACACUAGAAUGUGUGUUAUUAAUUGCAGGUAUGCAUUGGCUUCCUUUUGUCUUUUUGACAGUCAGCUAUUACAGUUACACACCCCCUAUUGGUCAUUUUAUGAAACCUACCUAAGUAAAAUGUCAGGUUUUGUUAGCUGCGAUUACUUUAAAUAUUAAUAAAAUGUAGAUGAAAUAUCUUGUCACUGCAAUGAAGUGUGUGUAUUCUGUGUAGUUUAAAGUUUCUUUUUGUUAAGAUACACUUUUUGAAAAAUAAUAAACAUGUCUUUGUUUAGUUUUUUGUCCCUUAUAUGAAAUAUGAAAUAUAAACCAUCACUAAUGGGUUAUUCCCCUUUAAGAAUCCAAGAACUGAAACAGCGAGUUGCCCCGACAAAAGCACACUGCAGCCAUUUGCAAAUUGUCGUUU